UUGACAGCUGUGAGAAAAAUCCACGCCACGGGCUGCUUAUGCGAAAUCAUCACUUACAAUAAGUCAGCACGGAUUUUUUUUUAAUUUUUAAGGACACUCCCGUAUCCUUACAAGGCACGAGGAGGAACUGGUUUAUGCACGGGGCUCGGUAGUAGUUGAAGUGGACUAGUUUUCUUAGCGGAGGUGCGGAGUUUUUGAUUCCGGACUGGCGUAGGGGGGCUGCUAAAUGGGAGCAGUCACUGGAUUCGUGUGAUAACCAACGCAAGCCACCCAGACUACCUACUACAGCCCAUCAUAUUUGACUUUUGGGCACGUUUAGGGCACAUACAGAACAAGACCACCUCUAUUCCUCCUGCUGUCCCCUUCCCCUUUCCUUCCUCACGGAUUCUUCAGACAGAAAACCCUACAGAAAUGGCUCAGAUACUGCCGAUACGUUUCCAGGAACAUCUGCAGUUGCAGAACCUGGGGGUGAACCCGGCCAACAUUGGGUUCAGCUAUCUGACCAUGGAGUCUGACAAGUUCAUCUGCAUCAGAGAGAAGGUGGGCGAGCAGAACCAGGUGGUGAUCGUGGACAUGUCAGACCCCACCAACCCAAUCAGGAGACCAAUCUCUGCCGACAGUGCUAUCAUGAACCCCGCCAGCAAGGUCAUCGCCCUGAAAGCUGCCAAGACGCUGCAGAUCUUCAACAUUGAGAUGAAGAGUAAGAUGAAGGCUCACACCAUGACAGAGGAGGUCAUGUUCUGGAAGUGGAUAUCGGUAAACACUGUCGCCCUGGUGACAGAUACAGCCGUCUAUCACUGGAGCAUGGAGGGGGAUUCCCAACCAGCCAAAGUAUUCGAUCGGCACGCCAGUCUGGCAGGAUGUCAGAUCAUUAACUACAGAACUGACGAACAACAGAAGUGGCUACUGCUGAUAGGGAUUUCCGCACAGCAAAAUCGUGUGGUUGGGGCAAUGCAGCUGUAUUCUGUCGAGAGGAAAGUGUCCCAGCCCAUCGAGGGUCACGCUGCCGCCUUUGGGGAGUUCAAAGUGGAGGGAAAUGCCAAAUCCUCCACCCUCUUCUGCUUUGCUGUGCGCUCACAGGCUGGUGGAAAGCUGCACAUCAUCGAAGUUGGUCAGCCAGCUGCAGGAAACCAGCCAUUUGCUAAGAAAGCAGUGGAUGUGUUCUUCCCUCCAGAGGCCCAGACAGACUUUCCUGUAGCUAUGCAGAUUGGUAAUAAGCAUGGUGUAAUAUAUUUGAUCACUAAAUACGGUUACAUUCACCUGUAUGACCUGGAGUCUGGAGUGUGUAUCUACAUGAACCGAAUCAGUGCAGAGACCAUCUUUGUCACUUCCCCUCAUGAAGCCACCUCGGGAAUUAUUGGGGUCAACAAGAAGGGACAGGUCUUGUCAGUAUGUGUUGAAGAGGAAAACAUUGUCAACUAUGCCACCAACGUGCUGCAGAACCCAGAUCUGGCAUUGAGGAUGGCUGUGAGGUCAAACCUUGCAGGGGCAGAGGAGCUUUUUGCCAGGAAGUUCAACACUCUCUUUGCCCAGGGAAGCUAUUCAGAAGCUGCAAAGGUUGCUGCAUCAGCACCCAAGGGUAUCUUGCGGACAGCAGAGACCAUUCGUAAGUUUCAGAGUGUGCCGGCUCAGCCGGGUCAGGCAUCUCCACUCUUGCAGUACUUUGGCAUUCUGCUGGACCAGGGCCAGCUCAACAAGUUUGAGUCUCUGGAGCUGUGCAGGCCUGUCCUGCAGCAGGGCCGCAAGCAACUGCUGGAGAAAUGGCUGAAGGAGGACAAGCUGGAGUGCUCAGAGGAGCUGGGAGACCUGGUGAAGGCCUCUGACCCCACCCUCGCUCUUAGUGUGUACCUCAGAGCUAACGUCCCCAACAAGGUCAUCCAGUGCUUCGCUGAGACCGGCCAGUUCCAGAAGAUAGUGCUGUAUGCUAAAAAGGUUGGCUACACCCCAGACUGGGUGUUUUUAUUGAGAAAUGUGAUGCGAGUCAGCCCAGACCAGGGACUGCAGUUUGCACAGAUGCUGGUCCAGGAUGAGGAGCCGCUGGCCAACAUCAACCAGAUUGUGGAUGUGUUCAUGGAGGGCAGCUUGAUCCAGCAGUGCACCUCCUUCUUGUUGGAUGCUUUAAAGAACAACCGCCCAGCCGAAGGACACUUACAGACGCGCCUGCUUGAGAUGAACCUCAUACACGCCCCCCAGGUAGCAGAUGCGAUCCUGGGGAACCAGAUGUUCACACACUAUGACCGCGCUCAUGUUGCUCAGCUGUGUGAGAAGGCAGGUCUGCUACAGAGAGCUCUUGAACACUACACCGACCUGUAUGAUAUCAAACGAGCCGUGGUGCACACACAUCUGCUCAACCCCGAGUGGCUGGUGAACUUCUUCGGCUCCUUGUCAGUUGACGACUCGUUGGAGUGUUUACGAGCCAUGCUGUCGGCUAACAUCAGACAGAACCUGCAGCUUUGUGUCCAAGUAGCAUCUAAGUAUCACGAGCAGCUGGGGACUCAGGCUUUAGUGGAACUGUUUGAAUCCUUCAAGAGUUAUGAGGGCUUGUUUUACUUCCUUGGGUCGAUUGUGAAUUUCAGCCAGGAGCCUGACGUUCACUUCAAGUACAUCCAGGCUGCCUGUAAGACUGGACAGAUCAAAGAAGUAGAGAGAAUCUGUAGAGAGAGCAACUGUUACGACCCAGAGAGGGUUAAAAAUUUCCUCAAGGAGGCCAAGCUAACAGACCAGCUUCCUCUCAUCAUCGUGUGUGAUCGCUUUGACUUUGUCCAUGAUCUGGUGCUCUACCUCUACCGCAACAAUCUACAGAAAUACAUUGAAAUCUACGUACAGAAAGUGAACCCUAGUCGUUUGCCAGUGGUGAUAGGCGGUCUUUUGGAUGUAGAUUGUGCCGAGGAUGUCAUUAAGAACUUGAUCAUGGUGGUCAGAGGGCAGUUUUCCACUGAUGAACUUGUGGAGGAGGUAGAGAAGAGGAACAGGUUAAAACUUCUGUUGCCAUGGCUGGAGUCCCGUAUCCAUGAGGGCUGCGAGGAGCCAGCCACCCACAAUGCUCUGGCCAAGAUCUACAUUGACAGCAACAACACACCUGAGCGUUUCCUGAAGGAGAACCCGUUCUACGACAGUGCUGUGGUCGGACGCUACUGCGAGAAGAGAGACCCCCACCUGGCCUGUGUGGCUUAUGAGAGAGGCCAGUGUGACCUGGAUCUCAUCAAAGUGUGCAAUGAGAACUCAUUAUUCAAGAGUGAGGCUCGAUAUUUGGUACGGCGGAAAGAUCCAGAACUUUGGGCGAAUGUGUUGGAGGAAAACAACCCCUACAGGAGACAACUCAUCGACCAGGUGGUGCAAACAGCUCUGUCAGAGACCCAGGACCCAGAGGAGGUGUCAGUCACAGUCAAGGCCUUCAUGACUGCAGAUCUACCCAACGAGCUGAUUGAGCUGCUGGAGAAGAUUGUACUUGAUAACUCUGUCUUCAGUGAACACAGAAAUCUUCAGAACCUGCUGAUUUUAACAGCCAUCAAGGCAGACCGCACUCGCGUGAUGGAGUACAUUAACAGGCUAGACAACUAUGAUGCUCCAGAUAUUGCUAAUAUUGCCAUCAGCAAUGAGCUCUUUGAAGAGGCUUUUGCCAUUUUCAAGAAGUUUGAUGUCAACACCUCAGCUAUACAGGUACUGAUAGAGCACAUAGGGAACUUAGAUCGGGCCUAUGAGUUUGCUGAGCGCUGUAAUGAACCAGCGGUGUGGAGCCAGUUAGCCAGAGCUCAGCUGCACAGAGACCUGGUUAAAGAGGCUAUUGACUCAUAUAUUAAAGCUGUUGACCCCUCAGCGUACAUGGAGGUGGUCAAUGCAGCCAGCAAGAAUAAUAACUGGGAAGACUUGGUGAAAUUCCUCCAGAUGGCUCGAAAGAAAGCCAGGGAGUCAUACGUCGAGACAGAGCUGAUCUUUGCUUUGGCUAAAACAAACCGUCUGGCUGAACUGGAAGAGUUUGUCAGUGGGCCCAACAAUGCUCACAUACAGCAGGUGGGCGAUAGAUGUUAUGAGGAGGGGAUGUAUGAAGCAGCCAAGCUCUUGUACAACAACGUGUCAAACUUUGCUCGACUUGCAUCUACACUAGUCCACCUCGGAGAGUACCAGGCAGCUGUGGACAGCGCCAGGAAAGCCAACAGCACACGGACAUGGAAAGAGGUGUGUUUUGCAUGUGUGGACGGUGAGGAGUUUCGACUUGCACAAAUCUGCGGCCUCCAUAUAGUGAUCCACGCUGAUGAGCUGGAGGACCUGAUCAGCUACUACCAGGACCGCGGGUACUUUGAGGAGCUCAUUGCUCUGCUGGAGGCCGCACUGGGCCUGGAACGGGCUCACAUGGGCAUGUUCACCGAACUCGCCAUCCUCUACUCUAAAUUUAAACCUCAGAAGAUGAGAGAGCAUCUGGAGCUCUUCUGGUCCAGAGUCAACAUCCCAAAGGUCCUUCGUGCAGCAGAGCAGUCUCACUUAUGGGCAGAGCUGGUUUUCCUUUACGAUAAAUACGAAGAGUAUGACAACGCUGUCAUCACAAUGAUGUCUCAUCCGACAGAUGCAUGGAAAGAAGGGCUCUUCAAAGACAUCAUUGCCAAGGUUGCCAAUGUGGAGUUGUACUAUAAAUCUCUUACCUUUUACCUGGACUACAAGCCGCUCUUACUGAAUGACCUGCUGACUAUCUUGUCUCCACGGCUGGAUCACAGCCGAGCUGUCAACUUUUUCACCAAGGUGAACCAGCUGAAGUUGGUCAAACCCUACCUGAGGUCUGUCCAGAAUCACAACAACAAGUCCGUCAAUGAAGCUCUCAACAACCUGCUUACAGAGGAGGAGGACUACCAGGGCCUGAGAGCAUCCAUUGAUGCCUACGACAACUUUGACACCAUUGGUCUGGCACAGAGGUUAGAGAAACAUGAACUGAUUGAGUUCAGACGUAUCGCUGCUUACCUGUACAAGGGCAACAACCGCUGGAGACAGAGUGUAGAGCUCUGCAAGAAGGACAAACUCUACAAGGAUGCCAUGCUGUAUGCCGCAGAGUCUAAAGAUGCUGAGCUGGCAGAGACUUUGCUCCAGUGGUUCCUGGAGGAGGGCAGGAAGGAGUGCUUCGCUGCUUGCCUGUUCGCCUCCUAUGACCUGCUGCACCCUGAUGUGGUGCUGGAGCUGGCCUGGAGGCACAACAUCAUGGACUUUGCCAUGCCGUAUUUCAUCCAGGUCAUGAGAGAGUACCUCACCAAGGUUGAUGAGUUUGCAGCGAAGGUGACGGUGGACAAACUGGAGGAGGCUGAAAGCCAAAGGAAAACUGAAGAGGAGGUGACAGAGCCUCAGCCGAUGGUGUUUGGCCAGCAGCUGAUGUUGACCGCCGCUCCUGCUCCAGUGGCUCCCCAGCCAGCGUACCCGGGCUAUGGCUACGCCCCUGCCACCGCCGCCGCCGCCACCGCCCCUACGGGCUACCCUGCUCAGCCCGCCUACGGCUUCAACAUGUAGAGGACUGAACCCGCCUCUUCCAACCCCUCUCCCCUCUCCCCCUUACACACACUCACACACCCCAUGGACCUGAUCCACACUGAACCGUGCUGCUCUGGGUCUCAGCUGGCCAAACUGAAACCUCACCGGGACUAGACACCACCCAAGUUCACCGAAACUGCAAUAGAAACUGCUUCUCAGCCCUUCAUCUGCCCUUUUCUCUCCUCUUCAAUACAGCAGGACGGCAUCACGGCUGUUGGACACCUUUCUCCACUUGGACGUAAUAACUGCAUCACUGACUAAAACAGCAUGAAGUCACCUCUCAGCUCCUAGAGGAAUUAACAUACCGAAGAUAACAUUAGUGACAUCAAACCACUCUGUCCUGUUGCUGUUCCAUGUAGACUUUGUUAAUCAUAGAGCAGCUUUUUCUUUGUUUUAUUUCUUUUUUUUUUUCAGCACUGAUGAGGAAGAGACUUUGUUACUGAGGAGCAGAGGGGCUUGUGCUUCUUCCCCUCCCUCCAGAAGCACUGCUACGGCCUUAUAUACAAUGAGGACAAGGAGGCAAAAAAAAAAGAAGAAAAAAAUGGGCUCAUGUUUAAUUUCACAACUGUCUCAUGCUCUGAUUAGAAAGACGGUUACUGUGCAAUAGUUUUUUUUUUCUGUUUGUCCUUUCACAACAGGUACAGAUUGUUUUCAAACAAGGCUAUGCUGUAAACGGACUAAGAACACUUGUUUAUGAGGUUACGGUACUGUCUGUGUCUGUAUGUGUGUGCGUGUGUGUGUGUGUGUGUGCGUGUGCGUGCGUGUGUGUAGCCUCUAAAGCCUUCGAGGGAUAGGUCACCAAACCAUGAGACACUCAAUGAAAUUUCAACUCCCUUGCAGCCGCAAACUUUGUGCGGUUGAUCUCAUCAGUCGACUCUUUGGGCUGUACGAUACUGGACGUCCGGCGUUUCAGGAUGAAAGUGAUUAAAAAGACAAAAGAAAGGAUGAAAUAAUUAAAAAAAAAAAUGCUAUAAAAAUGCUGUAGUCUGUGCAUGUGCUGCCAAACUAUAAUGCUGCAACCAGGAGCACAAUUUUCAUGUUACACUCAAGUAUAUCAAGUAUUACUAAUGUUGUGUCAAAAACUAAGUGAUGUACAAUGAAACUUUCUCACCCGACUAACAGAAAACGGUGAUGAAACUCCAACAGCAGACAGACUGAGGAGAUGAAAACAAACACAGGGGAACAUUAGCUCAUGUCCUGGUGCCAGUUGGUUUAAAAAAAAAAAAAUCAUUAUUGUAAUGAAAGCAGUGUAUAAUUUAAGAUAUAUUGAAAUACCUAACUAAUCAAAGAAGUCAAAUAUUAUGGAAUACCGUAUGUAUUGUCUAUAGUGUGUUGUUGUAGUCUUAAACAAAGCGUAAUGAUUUUUGUAAGAAAAAGGACAAAAUGCAAAAACAGCAGGUCAAUAAAUGGUCUUGAGGCAAGGCUGCUCAAAGUGGUGACAGUUUGGUUGAUUGUUUACUUCCCGUGUUGUCCGACAGUCCUCCUGUAUGAUGCGCUGAGCUCUGUCCCAGUGGAGUCCACUACGGAUUUGUCAAAGCGGAAAGCAAAAAAAAAAAAAACCUGAGCUGCAAACACGAAGCACUCCCUUUAUCUGCACAAGUCAUGCAUACAGAAAGAGGAAUAAAGUUUACACACAGUGUC